UAUAUAUAUAUAUUACUACUCGUGUAACUUUAUGCCUAAUCCUCCAAUUUUUAUAAUAAUAGUUAUAUAUUUUUUCUAUGAAUUUUUUAUGAGUGGUUCCAUUUUUUUUCUGGUGAGAGAAAGCAGCUGGGUCUUCUGCUAAUUUUGAGAACACUGUGUUCAACAUCUCCCCUCGUGUUUCGAGCUUUAGUUACUUAGAAUUUUUUUUUUCUAUUUGUGGAAAACAGCUACAAAGUUGUAAAAUGAAUUUUUACUAACCUUCUUGCAAGUAUCGGAUCAGAUUCUAAAAGUUAUAAUCUUCAAUCUUUGUGCCUUCUUUUCUUGCUUUCUUUAAGAAGAAAGUUCACUUGCAUCCAAAGGAAAGUGUGAACUGUUUUAUGGAGAAGAACUGUGGGAGAAGAGAAAGUAUAAAUCAAAUAGGAUGUAUGUGGGUGUUCAUCAGCAUCUUUGGAUCUAACCAGAAGCGUUUCUUGAUGGAUAUGAAACAUGGUAGCAAAAGACUUGCAGGUAAUGAUGAGAAGGUGCAGCUUACCUGUUCUUCUGAGAGCUCUCAGGAUGUUUCUAUUGUUGGUGAUGAACAUGUAGAGACUAAGGUUUGUGAAGAAAAGUUCAGUGAGAUGAUCAAGCGGUUGAUAGCUCAGAAAGAAGGAGAGAUCCAAACCUGCAAGGACUUGUUAGAGGCUUUUCAAGUUUUGAGUUCUGAAGAAGAAUCGCUCCUCAAGAAGGUAUCACAUGAAGAUGCUCAAAGCAUGGGAGGAGAUUCCAAGAGAGUUGUAAUAGAAGAAGAAAGACCUGAAGCAGUCUCAAAACAAGAGGCUGUGGUGGUGGUACCAAAGAGGAAAUAUACAUUCUUCAGAAGGAAAUGGAGAUCAGAAGAGAGGAGAAACAGAACAUCUCAAAUUGUUGUUUUGAAACCUGCUCCAAAUAGUUUGGAUGUUGAUUCUAGAGACAACAAGUCCAAAACAGGAAGAACCUUUUCUCGGUUUCUUAUCGGUUUAAUCAAAAGAAGACUACACUCUGCCGUCGGUAAGAAGUCAUGUGAUGUUCUUGUUGAUAGGAGCCAAAACCGAUGCGUGGAAGAAGAGAUACAGAGUAAUGAAGAAGAGGUUACUGUCCAGACAAGUGAAGAUUCAAAGAAGACUAUGUCCGGCUUGUAUGUUGCAGCGAGGAAACACUUGUCUGAAAUGCUUGCAAAUGGAGAUAUAGAUGUGAGUUUACCAGAUAAGGAAGUGCCAAUAAUCCUGGGAAAGAUUCUAUCUCUCCCUGAGUUUUCAUCACCAGUAGAUAGCCCUAGGUUGAUCCCUGGGCAUGAUUUGGUUAGCCCUCUAAGCCAAACAACCGAGAAGUCAAAGAUUCUGCAAUGCGGUUCAUGUACAGAUGGUCUGACUGGUGAAGAUUCAGACAAAGAUGAUGAAACACUAUUUACCAUCAAUGUCUCUGUUCCCAAAGACCAAGCAAAGGAAACUGAGAAGACAGAGACAGAACCGUUAUCGGAAACUACCAGCUCUUCCAUUUCACGACAUGUCGAAGAUGUUGAUGAAGAUGUGUAUGAAUGCCGUGAAGAAGACGGAGAUAAACAAUCAUCAAAUAAGGAAAUGUUCAACCAAAUGCACUCUUCUCCUCCAGAGUCCCCACCAAGUUCUUCAGUUAGGAUGACUGAAUGCAAAGAACCGGCCACUGAUGUUCAAGGAAAGUUAAGCCCCGUCUCUGUGCUCGAACCUCUGCUUACAGAUGAUGAGAGUAGCCCAACAACAACAAGCACAAGGUUCAAUUCAGGUGAAGUGAGGAUACAACCACUCUGUAUAAGAUUCGAUGAAGCUGAUGAUUCUCCAAAACCAGACGAAUCCAACAAUCUCAAAACAAGCGUGGAUGACAAGAACUUGAUACUUGCAUACAUUGAAGCCGUUGUGAAAUCCUCAGGCUUGAACUGGGAAGAGCUUUUAACGAGGCCCUUUUACUCAGAACAGCUUCUUCUUGAGCCAGAGUUGGCAGAUGGCAUAGCUUUCUCUCCUACACAGCUCUGCGACGAUAAGAGUCUCCUUCAAGACUGUAUCAAUGAAGUUCUUAUAGACUUCUGUGGCAAUGAACUGAAUCCAGGUCCUUGGGUUUCGUUCCUGAAACCUGAACUCCAGCUAAUCUCAGACAUGGAGAUCGCAGCUAAAGUGGCACAAGAAGGGGUUUACUGGCAUCUCCUACGUUUGCCUUCACCUCACACUUUGGACCAGAUGGUGAAGAAAGACAUGGAUAGAACAGGAAGCUGGAUGGAUCUCAGGUUUGAUGUUGGUUGGAUUGUUUCCGGCGCAAGUGAAAUGAUCCUUGAUGAUCUAGUAGAAGAGAUCAUCAGAGACAUGGUUCAAGCUGAACCAAUGCAGGAGCAGGACAGCAACAACAACCUAUGAUGAGUCUCUUUUGUUUAGUUAGACUUUCGUGUACAGUUUCACUUUCAAUAUUC